UCGAUAACGUCGCGUACAUUCGUAAAUAGGUUAUAUUGCAAUGGCGGCAGCGUGCGAGUGAAACACUUUCUUUUGUUAAUUUGCAAUAGACUAAUAUUUCAAUAAAACAUGAAUCAACAAGGCGUUUUGCAUUGCGAAGUCUGUGACGCUGAACUUCCAAACUUCAACUCUAUGCAAUGGCACAUAAAAGGCAAAAGGCAUCAGAAAGCGUUGCAGCAUUGGAAGGAAAAGGAAGAGAAUGCCAGACUGAGCAUCUUUGUGCGCAAUUUUCCAAGGGCUACCACGGAGCAAGAGCUGUGGUCAUACUUCGCCCAGUUUGGAAGAGUCACGAAAGUCAGCAUAGUACCUCCACAGAACCUUUUUGCCAUCAUAGAGUUCAGUUCGGAGGACACAGUGCAGUAUGUUCUCAGUCAGACCAAUCAUAGAAUCAACAGUCAAAACAUCAUUGUCAAACCCAGAGAAGUGCAGAUGCGUGGAGCUCCGCCCACAAGCAAGGUCCGCUACCAGCAAUUCCAGAGGGGACCCAAUCUCGCCAAUAUGGAACCUAACAGAGGUCCCAGCCUUCUGGCAGCAGGUGGCUACGUGAGUACCAGUCAGGGAGCGGGCGGGUUCCACGCUGGUGCGGGACACAGUGGGGGUGGGGGAUGGGGGGCCCAGGAGUACGGCGAGUACUUCCCCCCACAGCCUAGGGGCAAGCAGCUCAAGGCGCCCAAUGUGGAAGAUCAGAUUGACCUAUACUACCAUGAGGAACUCAUUGAGAAGCUCGUGCAAGUGAAAGGGGUACAGAACCAGCUAGAGUGGCUGUGUCAGAACCUACAGGUGACUGCAGAGGAGGCCCAGCUCAAGUUCUCUCUCUGUGAGCAGCUGCAGACCGUCCUUGGAAAGUUCUUCCCAGGCUGCACUGUGAACCAGUUUGGCUCCUCAGUAAAUGGGUUUGGUCUGUCGGGCUGUGACAUGGACAUCUUCCUGGACCUUUCCACCAUGCAUGGGCGCACGUGGGAGCUGCAGCCGGUUAAGCUGCCGUUUGUGCGUGACUUCAAGUUUCUCAAGGAGAAGGAGUGGGGUCCGCUGAUCCCUGCAGACACCAACAAGAUGGGGCUCGCCGACCAGUGCAAGCUCAUCUGCCGCAUUCUCACCGAGCACCUGGAGGGCAUCAAGGACGCCCAGGUUGUCCCUAGCAACCGCUGUCCCCUCGUGAGGUUCAAGUAUGGUAGCGGCGACAUCAAGUGUGACCUCUCCCUCAACAACAAAUUGGCCCUACAGAACACCAAGUUACUGUACCUGUAUAGCGUACUCAACAGUAGGGUGAGGCUACUGGUGUAUGCUAUACGCUACUGGGCAAAGGUGAAGCAGAUCUCCGGCAACAACAAGGCCAGUACCAAGCUGUCCAACUACGCUCUGACUCUGAUGGUGAUGAACUACCUGCAGAAUGUUGAGCCUGCUGUCCUGCCCACCAUACAGUCUCUCUCAGACCUGCAUGGUGUAGCCAAUCGCACGAGGAUUGAGAGCUGGGACUGCACGUUUGCUAUGGACUGGCAGAUGAUUCCUGCCACCACAAACACCCAGUCAGCUGCUGAGCUGUUGUCUGGCUUCUUCUCGUACUGGAGUGCUUUCAACUUCCCAGAGAACAUUCUGCUGACUCGCACUGCUCAGGAGAUCCCAUUCACUUCAUUCUUUGACAAGUCCAACAUGGCCGAUCCCAGGCUGAGGAACUUUAAGACCUCUGCUGUGAACAUUCAAGACCCGUUUGUUCUGAACCACAACAUCACACAGAACGUUAAUGAGAAGUCGAGGGAGGUGAUAGUUCGAGAGUUCCGUAUCGCAGCCAUUAAAACCUCCGUGUGGGGCAACGAUGGGUUCUCCAUGAGCAGCUCUACUGGGGGGGGAGACUUGAUUCACCUUUUGAACAUGUUUCAGCUCAGGGGGAGACUUGAUUCACCUGUUGAACAUGUUUCAGGGGGAGACGUGAUUCACCUGCUGAACAGUGAAGUGCCAGAGAUCAUUCUGAUAGAGGACAAGGAGAAGGAAGAGGCCAUCCUGGAGAAGGGACGCAUGCCCAGAAACAUUGGCGAGUAUGAGUUUGAGAUUGAGUUGAAGCCAACGAUGCUGACGCCCAAGUUCCUGAAGAUUCUACAGAAGGGGACAUCAGGCAAUGUUAAGCUGGAGUGGUGCAAGAGAGUUUCAGCCUUUAUCCUACGUGUACUGAAAGAGGUGCUGAUGCUGGCGGUGGAGGAGCUGCCCGAGGCCACGGAGGAGAUCAAACAGAAGAUGAAGGAAGAGGAGGCCAAGAUGGCGGCGGCCAAGAAACACAACGAGCAGAUACUGGCCAAACGUGUCGCCAGGAGGGCUGAGAAGCGUGCAGAACUGGAGGCUAAGAUGGAGGCAGAGAAACAGGAAAAGGAGGCAGGAGACAAAGACGAGGAAAUGAAUGCGGAGGAAGAGGAAGCAGAACCACAGAGCAAGCGACCUUGCCCCCCAAGCAUAUUCGACCUGAACCUGGAGCCACCCAAGCGAUUCAGGGGCAUGUAUGGUCCAAUGCGCCCGCCACCACCACCAGAGCCCAGCAUAGAUGACCUGAUAGAGGACUCGGACGACGGCGAGGAGCUGAUUGACUAUAAGAUGGACGAGCCGGAGCUGCGAUACAGGCGAGCCUGUGAGGCUGACGUGGACAAGCAGUUCUUCAUGAGGGCCUGGUGCAUGACCUGGGCACGCAGGAAGAAGGUCAAGAACUACCUGACUACUGAGCUGGGUCGUUCGGACGAGGGCAUGUACAUGGAGAAGCUUAUCUCUGAGACAAUAUACCAGAAUGAUGGCGCCCCCCUGAGAUACCCAGUAGUUGGCAUGUACGUUUGGGUCUGGUCAGUCAUCGAUGAAAAUGAUGCUAAGGUGGUUGUGGAGAUGGAGUGUAAGGAAGGCAAGCGAGACUUCAACACCUUUUACCAGUUCACUAAGAUCUACAUCGAGAAGUUGAUGGGAAAACACCUCGGUGAGUACCAUGGGAAAGUUGAGUAGGCUGCACACAACCAGACAUCUGAGACGAAACUUAGACUGCGACUCCACUCCAACCUGUUGGGCAUACUUAGCUAUUGAAUUGUGGGAAUAAUGUAAGAGUAAAAUCAUCCUUGGUAUAUCAUAAAAAUAACAUGUUUGAUGUUUGAUUUUAACAUGAACAUGUAGGUGUUGAUCCUAUUCAAGUACUUUACAAAUUGUCUACUGAGUUACAAACAAUAAGCAGUGAGUUGUUAAUAAAAUGUUGUUUCAUAAUGUUACUUCUGUUUAAGAUUGACUAUUUCUAUAAAUGUUUUUGCCUGUUACUGAUAUGUGUGUUUUGUAACUAUUACAUUAAGUACUAUGUGAAAUAUGUUGCAUUUUUAUACGCCCGUCUAUGACGGGACGUAUUAUGGUAUACCCCGCGUCCGUCUGUCCGUCCGUCCGUCUGUUAAUGUCGUACGCUACGUCAAAUAUCCUUUGACAGAUUUUCUUCAAAUUUUAACACAAUCUUAAUAUUGAUAAACCCUGAUCCCCUUUCGUUUUUGACGGAAUUCUGAAUUGUCGUUCCAGAGUUAUGGGACUUUGUUCGUCAAAAUUUCGUGAUUUCAUUGAAUGUCCUACUGUAGCUCAAAUAUCCUUCGAUGGAUUUUUUUCAAAUUUCAACACAAUCUUAAUAUUGAUAAACCCUGAUCCCCUUUCGUUUUUGACGGAAUUCUGAAUUGUCGUUCCAGAGUUAUGGGACUUUGUUCGUCAAAAUUUCGUGAUUUCAUUGAAUGUCCUACUGUAGCUCAAAUAUCCUUCGAUGGAUUUUUUUCAAAUUUCAACACAAUCUUAAUAUUGAUAAACCCUGAUCCCCUUUCGUUUUUGACGGAAUUCUGAAUUGUCGUUCCAGAGUUAUGGGACUUUGUUCGUCAAAAUUUCGUGAUUUCAUUGAAUGUCCUACUGUAGCUCAAAUAUCCUUCGAUGGAUUUUUUUCAAAUUUCAACACAAUCUUAAUAUUGAUAAACCCUGAUCCCCUUUCGUUUUUGACGGAAUUCUGAAUUGUCGUUCCAGAGUUAUGGGACUUUGUUCGUCAAAAUUUCGUUAUUUCAUUGAAUGUCCUACCGUAGCUCAAAUAUCCUUCGAUGGAUUUUUUUCAAAUUUCAACACAAUCUUAAUAUUGAUAAACCCUGAUCCCCUUUCGUUUUUGACGGAAUUCUGAAUUGUUGUUCCACAGUUAUGGGACUUUGUUGAAUGUCAAGGAGACGGCGCUCCAUGCUCAUGUACUUAUAAAAUAAACCAUGUAUUCAAAUACAAAUAAACUGAAGUAAAAAAAUGAUUCAAAGGGUUAUUUAUUACCUUACUACUUCAUUGGCGAACGACGGGCGUAUCAUGCGCUCAUGGCGCAGCUCUUUAUUUGCUUUUUAUGUACAUAAUUGACUUGCUUUACUUGGGUCCCAUCUAGUGUCACAGCAACAAAGGCUGUGUUGAUGAUACAAUCUUUCCAUUGCAACAUGUGCUAACAAUCAUGUAUACAGAUUUAUUUGACGCAACAUUUGUUUAUGUCCUUUUCAUAAAAUCUGGCAUUUUUGUUUUAUUUUAAAUUCGUAGACUUAGAUUUUGUGUAAUGUCUGAUAUAAGCAUUUGGACUAGAAUGUUUGCUUGACAUUUGAAUGUGUGGUAAAGAGGAGUCACAAAAAUACAUGCAAAUGAGUGUCUCACAACUAGUAUUGGUUUCACAUGAAGCAGUUCAAACCUGAAAUUUUGAUUGAUAGAAAAAUAGUAUAUUUUGCUUUUUAUUUUAAAAUCUUAAUUUUUCUUUUUUGAUUUAUUCAUAAUAUUCAUGUACACUUUUCUAUUUGCACGUGUUUUUUAUGCUCCCAGAUGAUAUAUUAAUGCAGUAGUUUUGUAUGUUAAUGUCUUCAUUAGUUCAUGCAUUUUCUUGUUUACUUGUUAUUUACUACAAUAACUGGAUAGCUUGAUUUUGUUCAUUUAAAUUCUACUUUGUAUAGGCCACAAACAAACACUUCAGAGCCCGUAUUCACCAGUUGUUUGUUGGACUUAAGAAUAUAUCAAUAAUAUUCAUAGAGUAAUUCUACAUGUUAACAUAGGCAAAAGUUGCUUACGAUAUAUUUGAUAAAAAAAUCUUAAAUUAAAAUUGGUCAAUAUCAAGUUGGAUUAAAUAUUACAACAUGCUUUAUUAAAAAAAAUCCAGACCAUUAUUUGUUGUCUUGUCAGUAUAUUUUGCAUGAAAGACAAAUAAGCCUCUGUUAAAUAGCCAGGGUCAACCUUUCAAAGGAUAAAUGGAUACAAAGUG